UUUCUGAGUCACGGUCGAACCGGGUGGUCUGAACCGGAAUCAUUAGGAAUCCGUCAUGCUUUAGAAACCCUGAACCCUUUAGUUUCUCGUCUGUCUUCGACAGAGCCAGCCGCGUCUUCUCAUCUCUCUCUCUUAGAAUCAAGAAGCUCUUCGAUUUCGCAUCUCUCUCAGAUUGUAGCUCGAGAGCGUGAGAUCCAUCGCACGAAGAUCCUACCUUUUUUACACUGUUUAGAGCAGCUCACUCCCAAUGUCAGCCCUUGUUGCGCUAUGCAGAGCUCGAACUGCUGCUUCUUCUUCUUCUUCUUCUUUGCUCAACAGCCUUGUUCGUCCAGCAUUUCGCUGUCUCUCCACAGGUUUUGGUGAUGUGCAGAACAAAACACUUGUGGCAGAAAUGGAAGAAAAGAUGCUCCACAUGGACAUCAACUCAAUGAUAGGAAGCUCCAUGCCACUAGGUAUGAUGCGCAUAGGAACAAUCAUCCACAACAUCGAGAUGAACCCAGGGCAAGGCGCCAAGCUAGUCCGAGCUGCUGGAACAAACGCCAAGAUCCUAAAGGAGCCUGCUUCAGGGAAGUGCUUGAUCAAGCUUCCAUCAGGGGACACCAGGUGGAUCAACGCCAGAUGCCGUGCUACUAUUGGUACAGUGUCGAACCCGUCUCAUGGAGUGAAGAAGCUGUAUAAAGCAGGACAGAGCAGGUGGCUGGGGAUAAGACCCAAAGUGAGAGGUGUGGCGAUGAAUCCUUGUGAUCAUCCACACGGUGGUGGUGAAGGGAAGAGCAAAAGUAGUGGAAGCAGAGGAAGGACAUCCGUUAGCCCGUGGGGGAAACCGUGCAAAGGGGGUUACAAGUCAGCUAGUGUCAAGAAGAAGAAGAAGAGAUUGGCAGCUAGAGAAGCCAAGAUGUGAUUCAUAUCAUGAAAGGAAGUUAACUCUCAGGAUUGUUUUAAUGAUAUUGUUGAAUCUGUGAGAGUUUUAAUUUUAAGCUUAAUAAAAUCAGAACAAUCGUUGAUCCGUUAUGGAUGAAGAUGCUAUGAAAUUAUGAAUUUUGUUGUGUGUUUU